AUGGAUAUAAUGUUCCAACCCGUCGAUAGCACUCUUGGCCGCCCCCCCGGGCCCCUUUUCUCGCCCCUUACAUUCUUCUCUUUCUCUCAACACACAAUAUCUGUCAUCUAUCGUGACUUCUAUCAAGCUCAUGCUCUUUUGUCAGCAGCAUCGCUUUUAGUAAUGGUACUCGCAUCGGCCUCUUCUCCCAAUCAAAGCACCUACCCAGACUCCUCUCUCAUUCCCAAAGAUGUACAGACAACAUCCCACCACUCGAUCGUGAAUUCGCCAGUCGGUACGAGAGACCUACGAGAAAACGACCCUGAAAGAGAGAGAGACAGAGAGAGAGAGGGAAGCCUCUACUCCAAAGGCAAUAUCCGACCUCAACCCAACCGAUGCAAUGAAGAUGUCAUCCCGUCCCAAGAGGGCACCCCUCUCCACCCCACUUCUGAACGUGGGGCUGCGAAUCCACCGCCUUUCUCUUGGCAGACGGAUGGAAGCAAAAAAAAAAAAAGUUCAUGUCAAUUUGCGGGCCGGGCUUUUUACGGCUUUUGA